UCAAGCAGAGACCCUAGUAUAGAACAUUCUAUUAAACAGAUUCUAUUAGUGUUCUAUUGUCUCUGCCUCAAGUACGCACGUUCUCAGCCUAGUAUAAGUAAAGUGAUGCCGAACCAAGAACAGGCGCUGUCAACGUUGAUGAGACUAUGAACUCUGCAAGUUGUAUUGGCAAGCUUAAAGUUAAAGGUGAUAGGCAAGGCAGUGAAUGUGAUAAUAAACACACCUGUAAGGAGGAAAACGCAUCGGAGCGACAAUCCGUACCGUCGAAAAGAUCCAAAACUCUUGAAGCCAGCCCAGUUCCGAGAAAAGUCAGAGCUCUCGCUGCCGACAGAACGACCAGUAUCGCGAAGAACGUGAAACGCGGCACCCCCGCUUCCUUUAGCAUCGCUGCUUUGUCCUCAGACGCAGGCGGCGCGAAUUCCACCGAGGAGAACGGUUCGUCCGACCGAAAGACGAAAAGUUUGGCGGGAAAAACGGACGAAACGAGAGCAAAGGCGGCCGCUCGAGUCACGGGGCGUGAUCGGCGUUCGAGCGUCGAUCCGCCUCGGUCGUCGUCGACGGCGACCACGUCCGAAAGCGCCGACUCGACGAAACCUAACAAGCGACUCAGCGCGUCGUUAAAAGAGAGGAGAGCGUCUCGGCUGUUCUGCGGGUGGAAGCUGAGACCGGCCGAGGCAUCGAGGUUGAAACUGAAACGUCUCGGGGGCCGUCUUUACGACUUUCGAUCGCGGGGCGGCGCGUUGUUCUUCGAUAAGAUACGGGGUCGAGCGGUCCCGUCUAUCGGCCAACGUGUGUCGAGGCUGCGUCGCACUGCCAAGCUAGGUAAGAACACUGUUGCACUCGAUCAAGCACUUUCUGCACACGUGUCUUUAGUUCUAGGAGCACAGCCCGACGGCUACACAAUAGCACAGAACGUGUGUCAGACCGCGGUAAACGUCCCCAUGCAGACCGAAAAGAAAUUGGACCAGGCUGCGGGGGUGCGUGCACAAAAACAUGACCUGAUGUCCGAGACUGUAAAACUUGAAGAGGGGUUAUUAGACAGUGCGCAUUCUGCUAGUGUGGGCAUAGCCGAGCCACGGCAGAACGAGCGUGGCGAUUUAGCGUACUGUGCAGAGCAUCCUGCAGUUAUGGAAAACACGCCGCUUGCAUAUUCUCGUACGGACAAACAGGCAGCUUUAUCCGUGGUGGAAGGAGAGAGGUCAGCAUGCACCAGUGAUGUCCCUACAUGUAGCUCAGAGGAGAACACUUGUUUAUUUAGAGCAGUCGAGCAGACGUCUUCGGAGAUGACAGAGCUGUCUUUCUCUGGAGGAGCGAGUCAGCACCCUUCGUGUCGAACAUUGCAGCAGUCUACUAUCACAGGACUCCUUGAUCCUCUUCGAUCCACAGAGGACCCUUCUUCAUCUGUAACAGUUGAACAGCCUACUUCAGUUGGAACACAAUUACAACUUUCUCUUGGACCAGUAGAGAGGCCCACUGCUCCCGGAACAGAAGAGCGGUUGUAUUUGAGUGAUACAGUACGGGACUCUGUUUGUGGAAUAGCAGAGGAAUCUAGUUUGUGUGGAACAAUGGAGAAGAACUCUGGCUGUGGAACUGUAGAGAAGAAAUCUGGUCAUGGAGCAGAAGGGAAGAAAUCUGUCUGUGUAACUGUAGAGAGGAGCUCUGCUUCUGGAACAGCAGAGCAGUCUACCUCAUGUGCGACAAUAGAGAAGAACUCUGUUUGUGCAACAGUAGAAAAGUCUAGUUCCCAUGGAACAGUAGAACCUUCUCCUGGUUUUAGUAGAGUGGAGCAGCCGUCUGUUUCUCAAACAAUGAAGCAGAGUUCGGUUUCUGUGACAGAAGGACCGCUUUCUGCAUUAAAAACAGUAGACGAGCAUGCCAUGCCAGGAACAGGAGCUAGAAAACGUGUGCACUAUGACUCUCCGAAACAGACCAGGUCUUCCGUCGAAGAAAACACUGAUGAACAACGGGUAACGGGGUCUGUGUGUGAUGAGCCCACUGUUGACACGCUGAAGGCCUUCAUCAGUAAAUGCGUUAUCUCGCCGCAAUGCGGUCAGGGGAACGUUGCCGCCGAACUCCUGUUGCUCGAUCGAUUCCUCAACGACUCGCACGAGGAAGAUCUUGAGUGUUCCUCGCUGGAAACUGAUUCCUUGGUCGGCGUUUCUCACUCUGUGAGCGUGGACACCUCAUGCACAACGACUGCAGGUCGUGGGGAGGUUGAUCUAAAUGGUGGACGUACCUCAGUGGAGAGAGGCAGAAAUGACGGAUCCGUGACAGAAACCGACGUGCCGCGCAAUUCACUUGACCCGAAUGAUGAUAAAGCAGACGUGACAGUCAACUGUCAACGAGUUGACAGCAGACACGUAUGUAGGUGCGACACGUACCCACACUGAAAGAACGCAUACCUAUAAACAGAUGUUUUCAUAGAAAGCCAAAGGUGCCGAACCAGAGGUUUCUCUGUAGUCACUCAUUCGAAAAACCAGCUG